CCUGUAUUAAAAUGCACAGGAACAAUGCACAAACAAGUCAAAACCCAGGCGUCUAUAUCAUUAAUAUUCUUUCAUGAGCUACUAUUGCUCUAGCGUGCAUGCCUCCCUCGGGGCAAAUGGUAAAUGACGCUACGCAGCAGCCAAUCAGAAACAACUUCAAUGUUGAAAGACCAGUUCUGAUGUAUACACAGUAUGAUACCAAGUGGUAAGAUACUGUGACCCAACCCGAAACAAAAAAGAUGGCGACAUCAGGCGAACCCAGGUCCCGCCAUCCCGGUUCGAAGCCGACUGACGCCAAUUCGCAACCAGAGACCAGCAUAUCCGCUGGGGGUUUGAUCAAACACACUCGGGGCCUGAUCAAAGACUUGAACAAGUUCAACAAAAACCAGACUCUGUCUCAUGGCUAUCUGAACGCCUCUCUGCUAUCAGCGAACGCGUCACAGCUUCAGAUGGUGAUCCAGUCAGGUUUUCCCGGCCCCAUGUCCUACGUUCAGUUGAUGCUGCUUCUGACCUCUAUCGUCCUGCAAGUGGUACAGGGGAUACUGUUACUCCGCAAGUAUCAGAUCAAUAUGGAGACAGCCAACGACAACGAUCCGAGUGACGACGAAAAAGACAGCCAGCGGGCCCACAGAUACAACAACUGGGCGAUGGUGGUCUCUAUCAUCAUCAUGGCGGUCAACAUACUCAUCUCCACAUUUGGGGGCUCCUUGGUCGGUGAAAUCAAGGCCAAGACCGCAUGAAAUAAAAUGCCGACUGGAAUAUACAGUGUA